AUGGCCGUGCUUGUAGGCGUAAUUGGCGUUGCAGCAACGGCCGUAGCCAUCUCGGCCAAGCAAGAGAAGAUCGCUUGGCUGCAAAGAGAGAUUCUCGCCGCGGAAGGCAAGAUCGAAGACAAGGAAAAAGAGAUCAAGGUUAUUCAGGAAGCCCGGUCCAUCCUGACGACCUUGCGGGACUCCAAUCUAGACACUAUCUCGGCCGAUAUCAUUCUUGUGGAUAAUUUUUGGCCGAGAAUCAAGGCGGACACAUUCGCGCUCCUUGAUUACGUGGAAGACGGUACCGCGUUCGAAUACACCGAGGAUGUCAUGGAAUAUGGCAUUGAUACUUAUAACGAUCUUGGAGUGUAUGUUGCGGAUUACGGUCGAUCCAUCAUUGGGGGCAUGACCGCAGAGGAAAAGAAAUCCUCUUGA